CCGCGGCUGCUCCCCUUGACUGUCUCCUUCAUUUCAGUCUCGCACUGCAGAGACCCAUCGAGCUGCCUGUCCUUCUGAGCGGAGGGAAACAGGGACAUUGCAAUGAUCUCGCCGGAGUUCAAUUUCAACAUUUUGACUCGGGACCUGUCACAUUAUGUGGAGAAUCAAGUGAAAGUUGGACUCUUCGACUCCGGUAUAGGAUUCUCCCUGGUGCUGGGGUUUAGUGCUGCGUACACCUGCUACUAUUUACUAUCAGUAGCAAAGAAGCCGCAGCUCAUCUCAGGGGGUAAAAAGUUCUACCAAUUCUUGAGGGAUCAUUGUCCUGUUGUGUCUGAGACCUACUACCCGACGUUCUGGUGCUGGGAGAGCCGAAUUCAGACCUUGUUAAGACCGUUCGUUACAGCCAAACCUGGAGUUGUCUAUAGAAAUGAGCUUAUUAAAGCAGCAGAUGGAGGACAGAUCUCAUUGGAUUGGUUUGACAAUGACGACAGCUCCUCGCACCCCAACCCGUCCUGUCGACCCACUGUCCUGCUCCUGCCUGGCCUCACGGGCACCAGCCGAGAGUCCUACAUCCUGCACAUGGUCCAGCAGAGCCGCGAGCUCGGAUACAGAUGUGUGGUAUUCAACAACAGAGGCGUGUGUGGAGAGACUCUGCUGACACCGAGGACAUACUGCGCUGCUAACACAGAGGACUUGGAGACUGUUAUUGAACACAUCCAGAAGAGUUACGCAGCUGCUCCUCUCAUGGCGGCUGGAGUGUCCAUGGGCGGGAUGAUGCUGGCGAACUACCUUGGUCGUAAGGGUCGUGAAACAUGUCUGAAAGGGGGUGUUGUCUUCUCCGCGGGCUGGGAUGUGUUUGAGUGCACUGCCUCUCUGGAAAAACCUCUGGAUCGAUUCCUCUUCAACUCCUACCUCACCAGCUGCCUACAGGCCUCUGUGCACAGACACAGACCCGUGCUUGAAAAGUGUUACGACAUUGAUCACGUAAUGAAGGCAAAGACCAUUCGUGAAUUUGACGAGAGGUUUACGUCCAUAAUGUUCGGUUACCCCACAAAUGACGAUUACUAUCGAGAUGCUAGUCCGAUCCACAGGCUAAAGUCAGUGCAGGUGCCACUGCUUUGCCUCAAUGCUGCUGAUGACGUCUUCUCCCCCAGUCAUGCCAUCCCGGUGGAGGCAGUGAAGCAGAACCCAAACCUGGCGAUGCUCAUCACUUGUCACGGUGGCCAUAUUGGAUUCCUGGAGGGGCUGUGGCCACGGCAGAGCACUUACAUGGACCGAGUUUUUAAACAGUUUGCCAAGGCAGUCAUCGAACAGGGCAGCCGCCUCCAGGACCUCUCCUGAUAUCACCUCAUCCUCUAGUUUUAUUCCUAUUUUUACACUUUUACAUUCAAUUUCUAUAGGUCAGAUUGCAUUUCUAUGAGUUCUGUUUUUUUUUGCUUGUCUUUCACCUCAGCCUCAUUCCACCUUGUUCUCAUAUCGCCUUACCAUAUCCCAUAAUGCAUCACAAUCUAAUCACCACAUUGUGCUGAAAGAAUAUCUCUGCUAAGGCCUCCAGUAUUUUGACUGGACUUUCUACCACCACUGCUUUUGACCUUUCUUUUGCCACUUUCCUCAAUCAUUCCGUCCUAUUUUUCUUUUCCCUUAAGCAAAGAUUAUGUAUUUAUUAAAAUGGCACACAUUGCAGUGCUCUCAAUAACAGAAAUGAAAUAAAAAACACAGAAAACCCCCAUUGCCAUGUUUUUAAUUGGAUCUUUUUUGUGACAAAUCAUUAUCCAAAAAGUAGUUCAAUAAGUAUAGCUGAAUCUGUGCCCAAAGUUGUAAUGGUUAGUACAAAUCUAUUUUGUGCAAUUAAAGGAGCACUUUUUUAAGCACUGUAAAACCAUCGUACCUCAUGCACUUCAUGCAUUUGUUCAUUAUUGUCCUAUGUAGUUUAAUUUAAGUAACAUUUGUCUUAUUGUUUGCACCUUUCCACAUUUUUAA